CGUCGAUGCUGCUGGAGCACGUUUCUCCUAUCAUCUCCACCCUCGGAAAAUAGAAACUUUCUUCAUCCAGAUUCACGCCAAACGAACGGCUUCGUUCCAGAGGUAUGUGCUUCUGUCAUUUUCGACUUUCGUUUAAUAUCAUCAGGGUUGGCACACUUUUAACUGUUCUGUGCAAUCGAAUUGACCCUUUUGCUUCUGCUAUUUUCUUUUUCAUUGGGAAGCCAAUUAAUUUACAUUCAAAGGACUGAAUUCAGGUUUGGGUUACUAAUUGAUUCUGAGGCUGUGCUAUAACUAAGACGAAAUUGGAAGGUUCUAGAGUGAAAACUUAGUUUUAUGAGUUGGGUCUAGGGGAAGAUGGGUUCUGGUCAAGGAAGUCCUGAUUGGAGUGUGUUUGAUGGUGUGAAGGUUCCCCCGUCAACACCUGAGGCUCUUAUGGCUGAGCUUAAUACAGCUAUUAGAAAUAUGGAGUAUGCACGGGCUACUGCAUUCCUAGACUCUUCUUCCUUACUGAAGAAUGAGAGCUAUGAAUCUAGUUUGUCAACUAGGUAUGAUGCCCGAAUGGCAGAUGAGGCUUAUAUGGCAGCGUCUGCAGCUUUGGCUGCUGGCAAGCUUGAUCAGGCUUUGCACUCUUUGAAUGUUUCUCUCACCAAUCGCCGUCCUGACAAGACCUCUGCUGUUGCCAAGCUUCGAUCACUCAUUUCUCUCACAUCUCAGCAACUCCAUAAAUCUCCUGAACCGACCCUGGAUGGUACAUUUUCUACUGGGAAAUCUUGGCAAUUUAUGUUUCCAUUACCAUAAUUUAAAUAUAGUUAGGAGAUUAAUUGAUUCUAUUUUGACAUUUUUAUUAAAGUUCAAAUCAUCUAUGAUUUAUGGCAUACAAUUAAAUGGAAUAUGCUGUAUCCCAAUAGGAGCACUAAGCGCUUUCCUUUAAUAUUACAACCUCUCAAAGUUGGGCUAGUUUGUUUAUUUCUCUUUCUAGUCUAUGUUGGAGGUGAUAUCAACUUGUAACUUUUCCUCUGUUCAUAUAUCUUUUAAUUUCUUGUUUGCUUGCUUAUUGGGCAGCAAGGGGAGUGAAAAUUGGUUGAUUUAGUCCCUCCCAUGCUAUCUUUGUCAUCCAUUAAAUUUGUCUGAGGUCUGGUGGAGGAAAUGUAACUACCAUUUAACAAUCCUUGAAGGCAAUUAUGGGUAAAGUUUUACAAGAUCAGCUUCCUUAAAGAUAAUGUUUGCUCGCUUCCCUUGCAUUCGACGUUGUCCUUUGGACAUAGAAUCACACGGCUUGUGUAUGUUACCAUUGAAUAAGUCUUGGGAAUGUUAUCAUGUGAUGGAAGGGUUAGGUUUGGUAGCUAUUGUACUUAACUUACGUGUAAAAGAAUUUAUUGCAUUGUAAUAAAGUUAUCUUUGAAUAAGAAUUCUAUGUGGUGUAGUUUUCCAUGAAAAUACUUGUUCUCAAUUCUAUAAUCCCCUAGGAGGACUGAACAGAGUAUGAAGGCAGAAAGGCAGGAUCAACGCAUGAACCAAGUGAAAGGAAACAGUUGACAGGAGACUCAGCUAACAGAGCUAAUCAAGGAAUAAAGAAAGCAGCUAAUCAAUCCCAUGAGCACAGAUUAAGGGAAGACCAGUAUAACGGUUAAAAGGCAACGUCUUUGCAAUAUUAGGAAAAUAAUAUUUGUAUUCCUUAUUUGUAUACAUAAUUAUAGGAUCUAGUUUUGUUCUUAUGAUUGUAUAUAACGGCUACUCAAUGUACAGAAUAAAAACAACAGAAAUACAAUUCAGUAUUGUAU